UUGCGAGAAAUGGCAAAAAAUGAUACUUCCACCAGUCGCAUACUACAAUGUGGUGGUAUCCAAGCUCUGGAAAGUGUCCUUUCCAAGGGGACGUCAAGAGAAAAGUGUGCCGCUGCUCUAGCUCUCCUCUCCCUCGCCCUCCACGAGUCGACUGCAGCUAUGGCACGGGCUCAAAUCCGCUCCGCCCUACUCGACGAUAUCAACAUGCAGUUGAGCACUUUGCAAAGCCAAAUGCCCGUGUCCAUCAGUGCUGAAGGACGGCGGGGCGCGGUCGAGGAUAUGGUGGAAGAUUACAGAAGCUUCAAAAGCUGGAUCUUAGAGAGGGGAACUUUACUGCCCGAGGUGAAGGCUAUCUCUCCGGUAGAUAGGAGGAUUAAAACGGCACUUUGGAUGCAAAGUGUCUUCCGACGACUCCAAUGGGAGAUUCAUGUAGAUGACGAAUUGCACGGACGACCGGAGGUUAGCAAAGCGGAUGAGAAGGAGCGAUUGCAUGUAAUGCUGAGCUAUAGCUACAUGCAGAAGAAUAUUGCACACAAAAUUGCACGUACAAUAAGCCAGUCUGGAUACCGAAUUUGGCUUGACACACAGCAUAUGCCCACUGAAAAUGACAUAAUGGACGCGAUGGCAAUUGCUGUGGAACGAGCGUUUGCCGUGUGUGUUCUUUAUUCAGAAGCCUACAAACGCUGCCCGAACACAAGAUUGGAGGCUCAGUAUGCACAGAAGUUGGAUAAGCCGAUGAUCUUUUGUCGAGUGGAGCAGGGCUACCAACCAGGCGGGUGGCUAGGUGUGCUAACAGCCAGACAGCCGUACAUAGACUUCGCUGGAAAGUUUGCCUUUGAAGAUGCCUCUGGUGAACUUCUGCAACGUCUUGCCAACAUCAAAAUGUCUGUCAGAGGAGAGAAGGCUGAGAUAAAAUCGAAAGCAAUGACGACCCAUCAAACCAACGAAAUCAGUCUUUGGGAUAUGGAAAAAGUCAACGAGUGGUUUAUGGACCAAGGUCUUCCCAUGGUUUAUAGGGAGAAUAUAAGCGGGAAGGAUCUCCUUUUUCUCAAGAAAAUGCAAUCCUCAGCACCCGAAUCAUUUUUCCGUUUCCUCUCGGAGACGUGGAAAAUUGCCUCGGUUCCAGUCAUGCGAUCAUUCGCUGAGGCACUUGAAAAACUCUGA